GAAAAACACGAAGUUUAGAUGAUCUUGAGAGAGAGAGAGAGAGAGAGAGCUGACACAUAUCACUCUCUCUCAUUUACCAAAAACGGUAAUUGGAGAACAAAUCUAGGGUUUUCCUUUCCCGGUAAAGUUGUUCACUUUCUGUCUACCCAUCACUAAAAAUCGCAACUUUCUUUUCUCUUUCUUCUUCUUUUCGGGUUUUAUGGAGGAAGUAGAUUGCAGUUUACCAGUCACGAAGACCACGGAUUCUUGUCCGACAGAGGACGCCAUUCGAGCUUUAUUAGAAAGCUUAGUCGACCCUUUGCUUCCAUCAAAACCAACUGAUGAUCUUCCUUCCACUUCUAUCCGUGAAUCUGUUGCCAAACAGGUUCAUGCUGUUGUGUUGCUCUACAACUAUUACCACAGAAAAGACAAUCCUCAUCUUGAAUGUUUGUCUUUUGAGUCUUUCCGUAGCUUAGCUACUGUUAUGAAGCCUGCUCUGCUCCAGCAUUUGAAGGAAGAUGGUGGUGUUUCAGGACAAACCGUAUUGCUGGAGAAGGUUAUUGUGGAUGCAUGUAGUUUAUCCAUGAGCUUAGAUGCGUCUUCAGAUCUUUUUAUCUUGAACAAGUGUCCCAUAAGGAGAGUUGCAGUUCUGUUGGUUGACUCAGAGAAGAAGAGUUGCUAUCUUCAACACAGUUCCAUCACACAAGGUGUCUGGUCUCUACUUGAGAAACCCAUUGAAAAGGAGAAAGCCGCUAGGGAAAAUCAGAAAGAAGAGGGCGUCUUUCAAAAAGUUGCAUUUGCUGUUGUUAAGGAGGCCACAGGUGUUAAUCACAAGGACAUUGUGAUCUUGGAGAGGCAUUUGGUAUGCUCCUUGAGUGAAGAGAAGACAGCAGUCCGCUUUUACAUAAUGAAGUGCACUUCACAAGACAAAUUUUCUGGAGAAAAUCCUGUCGAAGAAGUGCUUAGUUGUAUGCAGGGUCCUUUAUUUGAGAAGAGCUUUUCCGACUGGACUAUGAAUUCUAUAGUGGAAUACUUUCAUGUUCUUCCAUAUGCCACUCUCAUAGAAGAUUGGUUUUCCAGGCGAGGAGAUACCGAAUUUGUGAUAGAGAAAGAACCAGAAGCUGUAUGUGAUGAUAUCGAAAGCAACAAAGUAGAUGCAACCAAGGAGUCGGAAGUUUCCGACAUUUUUGAAAGACGAGAAAAAGCUGCUUUAAAAAGGAGAUAUGAAAUUAAAGCCAAAAAAGUUGCCGCUCUACUGAGCCAUCCUGGAGCUAGAGGAAAAGCUACGACGAGGUUGCAAAAUCGGUACUUAAAAGGAAGUAUGAGUGGUGCGAAGGAACCUAAUGUUCACUCGGAGACAGUAGUUGCGUUGAAGGCUAAGAAUGUAGGUAAUGAAAUGAGCCCUUGUAAGGAUAACUAUUCGAAUGGAGAGAAAGGUGGUUUCGAGGUUGCGUCUGACCCAAAGGAACUUAAAGAAAGAGGUCUCCAGAGGAAGAAAGCUGUUCCUGACAGACUUAAUAGCAUUCAUAAGCUUAAUUCAACUCCUGCUUCUGCUCAUAACUCUAAUCCAAAUCUUGAGGAGCUACAGACGUCUCUUCUUUCUAAAGCAACAUCACUAUCCGAAACUGCAUUGAAAGUUCUUCUUUGCAAACGAGAUAAACUGACUCGUCAACAGAGGAACAUAGAAGACGAGAUUGCUAAAUGUGAUAAAUGCAUCCAGAACAUCAAAGGUGAUUGGGAGCUGCAAUUAGAAACAGUACUCGAGUGCUGUAACGAGACAUACCCGAGGCGUAACCUUCAAGAAUCUCUUGACAAGUCAGCAUGCCAAAGCAACAAGAGGCUGAAGCUCAGUGAAACUCUUCCUUCUACUAAAAGUCUGUGUCAGGUUAGUUUAUGGUUACUUUAAUCAUUUCUUGUUCAAAGAAUUAAGAUUCAUUGCCCCUAUUUAUUGCAGAGACUCGAUGAUAUCUGUCUCAUGAAUAACUGGGUACUACCAAACUAUCGUGUGGCUCCAUCAGAUGGUAAAGUUUUGAGAUCAUUUGCCAAACUCGUAGUUCAGCUCCAUUACUCCCUUCAGAUUUGCAUGUUGAUGUUGAUGCUUUGUUCAAAAAGGUGGAUAUGAAGCUGAAGUAAGAAUCACGGGGAAUCAUGUCGCAUGUACAAUACAUGGAGAGGAAAAGUCUGAUGCUGAGGAAGCUAGGGAAUCUGCGGCAGCUUGCUUGCUAACAAAGUUACAACACGACACAGCAGCCAACUUAUCAUGAUUAUGUGAGAUUCAAGAACAACUCAGAAACCAAACUAACUUCCAGCAUGAGUAGAAAACAACCCUGAUUUUGAUAUGUAUGGCCAUUUUGGACGAAUAGCAAGAUUUGUACAAAACUCCAUCCUCUGGUUGAGAUUUUGAGAUAUAUUACAAGAAGUCAAAGGUAUUAACUG